AUGAAAUGGAGGUUUAUAUAUACGCUUAGUAUAAAAAUGCUUAUUUUAAAGCUUUUUUUGUGUAUUGUAAUAAUGGUUUACAGUGCUUUUGGAGGCGAAGAAAAAUGCCCAACCAAAUGUAUUUGCAAGAAAAGUGACCCUAAUGAAGGUUUUUUAAAAAUGACUUGUGGAGAAACUGUUAAAGUUUACCAUUUAGAUGAACUGGAUUUAUUAAAUUUAGCUAGCGAAUUAAUUCAAUUGAACUUAUCAGGAAAUGGUCUUAAUUCAUUUUUGCCAAAAGUAGAACUUAUAGUACUUCAAAAAUUAGAUAUAAGUAGGAACCAAUUGACUGAAUUAAAAGCACAUCAAUUUAAUGAAGUGCCAAACUUAAAAAGACUGGACCUUUCCCAAAAUAACAUUAAACACAUUGACUUAUUAGCUUUUGACAAAUUGAGACAUUUAGAAAGGUUAAAAUUAAAUCAAAAUCAAAUCAGUGCAAUUAUAUUGGGAACUUUUGCUCCAUUGGAAAACAUCAAGCAGCUUGAUAUAUCAAGUAAUCCUUUAGUAUGUGACUGCAGUUUGCUUUGGCUUCAUGACUGGAUACAGAGACAAUCUGUAAAAUUGCUAUCUAAUCCCAAAUGUACCUCUCCAUCAACCUUUAAAGGUCGCCCUUUAAGAAAACUUAAAAUUGGUGAUGACAUACAUUGUAAGUCUCCAGCAGGUAGCAGUGGAUUGCCUUUUAUUGAAUUGAGACCUGACGAAGACCAGGUUGUUUUCGAAGGCGACUCUCUAACAGUUCAAUGUAAUGCUCCCAGUAUUUCUGACUCUUUGGAGGAUCCUCUUCAUAGCGGUAUUCAAUGGUCUUGGCUAGAUUUUGAUCCUAAGUUACAUUUUUCUGAUAUUAGAAUAGAAAACGAAAUGUUAGGAAGUGCCGGUAGGAUUUCAAGUAUUCUAGUAGUUCCGAAAUUGACAAAAAAUCACACAGGAAUAUGGAAUUGUCAGUAUUUGUCAAUGCAUGGUAAUCAUUCAAAGGGUAUUACAAUUGUUGUAAUAUCAGAUAAAACCAAGUACUGUCCAAUCACAAUAACAAAAAAUAAUAAGGGUUCUUACAACUGGCCCCGAGCUAUCGCAAAUUUCACAGUUACAAUGCCCUGCGAAUCACUCAAUUUAAAUUAUGAUGUCACAUACCAAAAAGCUUCUUAUACUUGCACAGAAACUGGUGAUUGGUCUUAUUUGAACACUUCAAUGUGUUCCUACAUCUCAGAUACGACAAAAAUAUUAGAACAAUUUUCAAUGGUUGAUACGAGCAUAGAGGAAAGUGCAAAACACUUUAGAAACUACACUAUAAACAAAAGUAUAUUCCAAGAUGUGGUAGACUUGUUCUAUGCAGUUAGUACAAUAGAAAAUUAUAUUAAAUAUGCUCCUAAAGAACACGUUGGGACCAUAGCAGCUAUUUUAAUGGAUUCCGCUAAUAAUUUAAUGAAUUUGCAAAGAGUAUACUUAAGGCAGACAGAUUUGGAGUACAACACUUCAUGGAAACUCAUAAACGCUACUGAAAGGAUUGCUGUAGUUUUAAAUCCUUCAAAUUUUCACAAGAAUAAUCUGGCAAUAGAAGUAUUCCCUGUGGAAAAAGAUACUUUCCGUGGUCUGACAUGUACCCUUUACACCAACCCAACCAAUAAAAAAGAUUCUUUAUUUUCUUGUGCUCCCUCCCAUCAACAAGACGCUUCAAGUUAUCAAGGUAGAACGGCUGAUGCUUCAGUCACUAUUCCGGAAAGCCUUUUCCAACAGUUGAAACAGAAAGAAAAUUUAACUUCCAAUGCCUACGACAUUCUCGUCGCAAUACAUUCCACGAGUAAACUGUUUUCUAUCGAUUCAGGAAGGUACGGUAAAGAAGAUGUUACUUCAGCAGUAGUGGGUGUACAGUUAGUUGAUUUUAUGGUAAGAAAUCUAUCAGAUCCUGUAUACAUCAUGCUAAGGACUCCAUUUACUCAACUGUAUGAAGUAACACCAUUUUUACCAGUUUGGUGGGAUCCUUCCUUAAAUAAUGGUACAGGCAGCUGGUCUUCAGAAGGCUGUAACUUUUCACACGUUAUUCAAGACCAUUUGGUAUUCUCUUGCGAUAAUUUUGGUUACUAUGGGUUAUUACAAGACAUAACCUCAUUGGAAUUAGAACAAAGUGGAGCCAGGUUUAAAUUAUCCCAUCCAGCAAUCUAUGUUGGGGUACUUAUACUCUUCACAUCAUUUCUUAUAGCUAUUUUAACAUAUUUAUUGUGUUAUGUGACCAUACAAAUUCCCAAAAAGACCAAACAUUCAUUGAUUAAUACUUGGAUAUCAAUUUCUUUACUUAGUUUUUUUUAUGUAUUCGGAAUUUAUCAAACUGAAGACGUUAGGGUUUGUCAAAUUGUCGGCAUGAUUUUACAUUAUUUUACUUUAUGUUCCUUACUGUGGAUGUGCGUUGGAGUAAAUUGUAUGUAUAAAAGAUUAAGCAAAAACGAUAUCAUAGGCUUGCAAGAUGACGAUUUACCUUUAGAUUAUCCCAUACAAAAGCCGAUUUUGGGACUCUAUUUAGUAGGUUGGGGAAUAGGGCUAAUAGUAUGCGGCCUAUCAGCAGCUAUUAACAUUAACGAGUACGCCUCGUCUAGUCACUGUUUUUUGAAAUCAGGUCCGGCUUUAAGUGCUCUAUAUAUUCCUUGUGCAAUACUUGUAAUCGUUUUAGUUAUAUUUUUUUUGUUGAUCCAUUGCGCUAUCUAUAACUUAGAUUCCAAUGGACAUUUGAGCGAGGGAACUCAAGCAACAGAACAUGUUGAUUUAGAUCUCUUAGAACCGAAUUUUCCCAAUGGAGAAACGAGAAGUGUGCGCAGUAUUAGUACCAAAACAGGCUCAAGUGAAAUAGAAGAUCCUGAGCAUGCACCUUCUGCACAGCUUAAAGCUUAUAUAAUAUUUUUAUUUAUUUAUAUAAUGACGUGGUUAAGCGGAGCUUUCGCCACCGAAAGUCCUUUCAACUUACUUUCAUUCGAAGAAGACCUAUUCAGUAUAACUUUCGCUGUUUUAGCUACAACUUUGAGCGCUUUUACAUUAUUUUUUUAUUGCGUUGCUAGAAAUGACGUACGCACUCAUUGGGUUAUUUUAGCUAGAUGGUUAAGACGUAAAAGAAUGUUCCAGUUAAGAUCUAGAAAUGUUUCUGAUACUCCACCCAGUAUUCCUCCAAUUCAAGUACAACCUUUGCCGGUACUGCCCAUUAGUAAUUUGGUUGAAAAUCAAAUAAUUUCUAGAUCUACCAGCAGAACUUCUAGCCAUUCAAAGUCUAAUUCGAGAAACAGCAAUCUUCUGAAAGGUGCCGUUGAUCUAAACGAAUCGUUUAGUGACCAUCAGGGGGCCAAAAUAAAUAACGUCAAUUUGGUUGUUCUUCACCGAGCUCAAUACAGGACAAGUAUUAUUCCUAAUAUUAUUGAAAAUCCCACCAAUGCAGAUGUUUUUUAUAAUCCGCACCAAAGCACUGUGGCUAGGAAAUUUUUCAAAAGGCAAAAAAGGAAUAUGAUAAAAAGGAAUAAUUUGGCAAAACCGCCUCGUGAUAUAAACAGUGAUACUGCCUCAGUUUUUUCAGAACCUCAAUUGAAAAUCAAGAAUCACUCAGACCAGAAUAUCUUUGGGACUAAUUCUAAAGUUAACAAUACUAAUAUUCACGUUGAACAUAAACAUAAGACACAACAGAAAAAUCCUAAUAUUUUCUCAGACAGUGUAGAAGAUUUUGACUCAACGGAAGAUAUUCCAGUUGAUAAUUUGGUAAUACAUGCCGAGAUGUUGAGGAAAAAAGAGUUAUUGAGGGGAAAAUUCAAGAAAAAACAGAAUACUAUGGAAGUACAAAUGUCCAGUCGACAAGACAAUAACAUGCGAUCCAUGGCACAACAAUGUACUUUAGGCUACAGCUCGGAAACUAUAUCGGAUUCUUUAUUAGAUAAAACCAGUCCCGACAAGACACUUUUACCUAAUCAAGAAAGUUUUACUACCACAGAAACCAGCGAAGCGGUAGCUUCUAUCAGAAGGGAAAACAGUCCUUUGAGUAUUUUAACAGACAAUGACAUCAAUUACUGUCAAAUAAAUGAUCUUAACUCCAGAGACGAUUAUUACCAAAAAUCGAGUAAAACACCAUCUACGAUUCAGGCUACGAACUGCGAUUUUAGUGUUAUAGAUUCUUCAUCAUUAGGAGGUAAAUCGACGCCUAUAAUUUACGAUAAUCCUCAAACUUUGAGGUUAGGUACAGGCGACGGACAAAGCAGAGCCAGUAGUUUAUCUGUGAGUGAUUUGGAUGAAUUGUAUCAACAAAUACGUAGAGGACCACAGAGUAAAAGCUUCAGGUAUAUUUCGUCACAUGUUAGUCCUUGCUUGUCUGAUUCUGAAAUAAAUUUAUUUAUCAAUGAUGGCAGGCAUAGGACGAAUAACUUAAGGAGUCAUGAUGAGUUUGACAGAUUGAGUGAUGACGUAGAAACUAGGGUGUAA